AUGAUGAACGAUCCAGCAAAAGCACAAUUAUUAACUUUUCCAUUACAUUUAACUUAUCGUGAAUGGAUUCUUGAUUCUCGACGUGAUCUCAUUGCCGUUAUUGAAGAUAUCGAGCCAUUGAAACCGAUUCCAGUUGAACUUUUUAUAAACUGGCUUCCACGUCUUAAGUGCCGCUACUAUAGCAUUUCAUCUUCAUCUUUAAAAUGCCCCGAGGUGCUCAGUAUCACUGUUGCUCUAGUUGACUACACAACUUAUACUGAGUUAUCGCUCUAA